ACAAAUUCUCUCUCUUUCUGUAAUAUUUGGUCUGCAAUUCUAUGUAACUUUCUCAGUCUAAUUAACCGCACACACCAGCUUUAUUGUUUCUUGUCCAAUCGAUCAAUGGGAAUGUUUCUGACCAAAGGGGUCGUUUACAAACCGGCCGCAAAGGUUGACCUUGGCCCUCACAGUGACGAAAUUUACCGGCGUGCUUACGUCAAAGCUCCUAGAAUGGCUGGGCUACUGGUUAAGAUCUUUGCAAUGUUUCUGGAAUCGAGGAUUUUCGGCCCUAUUCUUCUCUACUUUUUGAAGAGAAAUAAUCUAAUUCACAAGCUUGUUUCAUAUGCUGAUUUGGAAGAAGACCCUGUAUUUGUUCCAUUGCAACCUUACGAAGAUGUUAAAGAACAAGAUGUAAUAUCGAUAGAGUCGAAUCUAUCUCCAUCUUCGCAAGUGCAAGAGGCUAUAGAUUGCCUAAACCCGUCAAAAACUAUAUCAAGUAACAUAAACUCGAGUUUUCGUAGAUGGACUAUAUUAGAUUACUCAAGAGCCUAUACUUCAGGGAAGAUAAAUCCAAGAAUGGUUGCAGAAAGAUUUAUAGCUGCUGUACAACAAUCUUCCGAACCUUCACUUGACAUGUCGUUCUUUAUCAGUUACAAUGUUGAAGAUAUUCUUCGACAAGCCAAUGAGUCGACACUUCGAUAUGAAACAGGAGAUCAAUUAUCAGCUUUGGAUGGAGUUCUUGUGGCUAUUAAAGAUGAAAUAGAUUGUCUACCAUAUAAAACUACAGGGGGAACAAAGUGGCUGCAGAAUGUAAGAUCAUGUGAAGACGAUGCGUGUUGUGUUAAACGCUUACGAUUAUGUGGUGCUAUUCUUGUCGGAAAGACAAAUAUGCAUGAGCUUGGGGCAGGAACCAGUGGUAUUAAUCCUCACUACGGGGCAACCAGAAAUCCAUAUAAUCGCGAUAAAAUCUCUGGGGGUUCUUCGAGUGGAUCUGCUGCUGUAGUUGCUGCUGGAUUGUGCCCUGUUGCUCUUGGUGUUGAUGGUGGAGGUUCGGUUAGAAUGCCUGCUGCUCUAUGUGGUGUUAUUGGUUUGAAGCCAACUUUUGGUCGAGUUUCGCCAUCAGGUGUUCUUCCUCUGAAUUGGACAGUUGGGAUGGUUGGGGUACUUGCAGGAACUAUUGAAGAUGCUUUAAUUGUGUAUACAGCUAUAAGUGGUGAACUUCCCACCGCGGAUAAUUCAACAAAGCAUUAUAACAUACAUUUGCCAAUUCUGAAGUCACCAAACUAUAUAUCAGGUGUAAGGCUAGCUAGAUAUGGAGAGUGGUUCAAUGAUUGUUCUAAGGAUGUUGGAGACUGCUGUUCUAGAGCAGUUGAGAAGCUUCAACAUCAUUAUGGAUGGGAGGUUGUAGAUGUUAAUGUACCCGAGAUAGAAGUGAUGCGAUUGGCACAUUAUGUAACAAUCGGUUCUGAGUGCAGCAAUGCGAUUGCAUGUUAUGUCGAAAAGCUGGGUACGAAAGAAUUCGGUUGGGAUGCAAAGGUGGCUCUUUCUGUUUAUCAGUCUUUCAGCAGCAGGGAGUAUCUAAAUGCUCAAAAGAUUAGGAACCGUCAAAUGCAAUUACAUAAGCGUAUAUUCGACGAGGCAGAUGUUAUUGUCACACCAACAACAGGGGUAACUGCGUACACAAUAUACAACGAUGCAUUGAAAACGGGUGAACUUGACUAUGUCAAUGGAGCUGCACUAGUGAGGUUUUCAAUAUCAGGGAAUUUCUUGGGAUUGCCAGCAGUGACUGUACCAGUUGGAUAUGACAAAAAUGGAUUGCCAAUUGGACUUCAGUUCAUUGGAAAACCAUGGUCUGAAGCUACAUUGAUUCAAAUAGCUUAUGCAAUGCAGGCUUUGUGUAUUUCAGAGUGUAGACAGCCAGAAGUUUUCUAUGAUCUGCUCAAAGAAGAAGAUUGAAUAUAUAUGAUCAAGCCUUGAAGUUUUUAUAAUAAAUAAGAUGAUGAUUUCAGAAUGUAUCUGAGUUAUUGACUGACUUUCUCUUCUUUCUAUUUUUCAAUUAUGUAAAGUUAGUUGAAUUUAUGGAGGAAUGCUAAGAUGGGACUUAAUAAUUUAUAAAUUAAAGUUUGACAAGA